AUGAGAGCAGGUUUUGCAUCUCGACAGAAGAGGAGUGAUCCGGGACAACAAAGCAAUUUAGCAACUGAACUCAAGAGCGGUGAUUCUGGGCAACUGAGCAACUGUGUUGCCGCUGUGUGUUAUGACGUCAACGACAACACAUUUUCUUUCGUCGAUGGAGAUGAUGAUAUGGACUUCGAGUGCAAUGACUACAAGUCUCUCAGAGCAAAGAUGUCCUGUGGUCAUGCUGUCACCCCGAUGUCUCUCACCAACUGGUGUCGCUGGUUGUUGGACCAGGGUGAGUGCAGAUUUGUGUGUGGCCAGACUGGCUGUGAUGUUGAGUGGACAUAUGAAGAAGUUUGUAAAAUGGCUCUGCUGACCCCUGGAGAAAGGGAUUACUUUGAAAAGAAACUGUUCAGUAAUGCUGUCAAGAACUACUUUGACAUCAAAUCAUGUCAUGGCUGCAAGUGUUCUGUGGUGAGAACUGACCUGGAUAAUCUCAGGGUCUGCUGCACAGUGUGCACAGCUAACAAAAACAAAGCCUUCUCAUUCUGCUGGCAGUGCCUGAAUGAAUGGAAACAUCCAUCUCCAUAUUCAGACCGCUGUGCGAAUGAAGGUUGCAUCAACAAAUCACUAGAAAUAUUGAUGACCUGCCCAGAUAUCACCUUCAAGAAUGUGAGGGGGGUCACUGGCUGUCCCUCCAUCCGUGCCUGUCCCACCUGUGGUCUGCUGGUGGAGCAUGACAGAACUCACUGUAAAAAUGUCACAUGUCAGCAGUGUAAGGUGGAGUUCUGUUUUGUGUGUCUAAAGCUCGCUAAAGAGUGCCAGGAGCUGAGGGAAUUAUCAUACUACAUACUUUGCCCCAGUGGUGUCGCCCCAAGACAAACCUCUAUACCUGUAUGGCAGAGGAAAUAGACUGUGAGUGCAUCAGCUUCUAUUGAUUUAACACUGUACUUUUUUGUUUUUUGAAGCUAGCUAGUUUCUUUACAGUAUCAUGUAUCUAUAAGCCUGUUUAUAAAGUCUUAUGUGGUAUUUAUACUUCUGCAUAUAAUUGACGCUGUACCUAUGGUGUAAGCUCUGCGUCAACGUAGAGCCUACACUGUAGCCUGACGUGCACCUCCCCAGAAAUUUAACUACAUGUUGUGGCAACGCAGACCUCCUGUCUGUUUCUGUAA